UUCAAUGGUCAGUGGAAUUGCUUGAAUUAAUUUUUAUUCUAUGAAAAUUAAGUGAAAAUGCCGUCAAUUUCAUCUCUAAUAGAAGUCUCUUGGGUGAAGCAAAAGCAUGUGGAAGCAUCUUGUUUCCUGGGAAAGGGAAUUCUGGCCACAGGGCAAAGCAACUCCAUUGUUUUCACGGAUAUUUCCACGGGAAAUGAGAAAACCUAUAGGGCUGAUUCAUUUGAGAGAGGAGAUGGAAUUUCCUGCAUUGCUGGGCAUCGAUCUCUGCAGAUCUUUGCACUCGCAGAGUUCUCCCAAACACCCUCAAUCCUGGUUCAAUCGUACCCGGGAUUUGAGACUAUUUGUCGUCUGCAGAGUACUGGGGUGACAAACUACCUUUACCUGGCUUUUUCGGAGACAGAGUAUCUUGUCGCAUUGGCGGGAAUUCCAGACUUUACCCUUGAAGUGUGGUGCUGGAGAUCAGGGCAACUCCUGGCCACACGGAAGAGUGGAAUAUUUGCCAGUGAACAGAUGAUCCUCUGCUCACCAUCUCAGCCAUUGAGCAUUUGUCAGCUGGCCACAGGAACGGGCAAGCUGACAAUUUGGGAUAUUCACGUCUGUGUCGAUACAGUCAAGUUGAUUGAGAAGAAAAUCAAGAUGAGCUUCACCAGGAACUCCUCACCAUUCAUCAGCACUUAUUUGAAUGGAGGAACUCUCCUCGUGGCUACAAGGAAAGGAUGUGUCCAUCAAGUUUAUCCAGGAAAUAAUCAAUCACUUUGCAUUGUGCAGGAAAUGAAAGAUGAUGCUCCUGGAGGCUCACAGUGUUUGAUUGCUCCACAUCAGAAUGGAUUCUUCCUCUCUGUGAACCACAAAAUUCGCCUCUUUACCCAGAAUGGAACGAUGUUCACGGAAAUACACUCCAUUUGUCCGGAAAAUCUUCAGCUACGUUUCCUAGGCUCACAAUCCAAUGAUUUGGUGGUGGGAUUGGAUGAGCAUGGUAGUGUAUGGAAGAUUCUGUCCAUGGAAAACCACAUUGAAGUCAAAGAAGUGAAGAAAAGGGAGAGAAUUUUCCAUAAAAUUUGCUUAAUUAAUCCCGGAGGAAUUUUCCUGGCCACUGUAGACAGAAAUCGUGGAGUUUCCAUCUUCGAAGUGGCUUCUGGAAAACUCAUUUCACAGCAUCUCGCUGGAGGAAUUUCUUCACUCGCUUCUCAUCCGCUUUUGCCAGUAAUUUCUCUGGGAUACUCUUCUGGGCACGUUGAAUUGCUAUCUCUGUACUCAUCGGAGAAACCUCAAGUUCUUGUCAACUUCCACGUUGGCAAUUCCUCAAUUGAGAUGCUAAAGUUCUCCGGCAGUGGAUCCCAUAUCGUUGCUGUGGAUGCUGAGAAGGAAGUUUUUGCUGUUCUUGGACAAAUUGGAGGAAUUGUGGAGAUUUGGAAGCAUUUUAGUGUCCCCAGAAAUGUUCUGGACUUCAUUGUUUUAGAAGAUGGUGCACAGAAUCUCAAAAUUCUUAUGCUUCUCAAAUCAGAACAUUCAAAACUUGCUUCAUAUGAAAUUCUCUUGAUUCUGCUCAGCAAAGAAGAUACUCAGCUUCAUCCAGUUUGUCUUCCUGGCAAGAAGAUAACUUCCAUAGACUUCCUGAAGAGCGCCGAAAUCUUUGUGGCAACAAUGUACUUGGAUACCAAGCUGAAAAUUUUCAAAUUAGUCGAAGAAUCUGAGAAGUUUGAACUUAUAGAACUACAGGAAGUCAAAACUGAACACUGCCUGAAGUACGUUAAGGUCAGAAGUUGUGGAGAUUUCAUCCUCUCGUGGGGUCUCGAUGGGCAGGUGUGUCUCUUUGAUUCCCGUACGAUGGAAUGCAUGAUAACAUUUGUCUCCCACCACCGGAGGACGCAUGGAGUUCAGGAAGCUCUCGUUAGUGCUUCCCUGGAGUAUAUAAUUUGCCUCGGAUUCACAGGAAGUCUCAUCUGCUUCCGUCCAAAUCUCAAAAUUAUGCAUUUGGAACAUUCCACCGGGAAAACUGAGCUCAGUCGCCUGGAAAUCCGCGAAAAAUGCCUCAGUCCGACAAUUGGACAUUUCCCUGCAACAGCUGGAGAUGCUUCUUGGCUGGAAGUGCAGAGAAUGGAGCAGAAGAAUUGCGAGAGGCAAAAAUAUCAAGAGAGACGUGAUGCCAUUCUCAGGGAUUUGGAUAAUUUAAGGCGAGAAAUUGGCAAACUCCUGGACAACAAUGAGAUCUGCCCGGAUGAGGAGAAACUACCAAUUCAUGAAUUCAAUCUGGAUUCCAAUCGUGUGGAGAAUAUGAUAAAGAAAGCUGAGCGCGAUCGUCAAGCGGAAAUUGGGAAGAUGCAGGAAUUUAUGGCUGCACAGAAUGAGAUCACAGUGUGGAUUAGGAAGUCCUGCUGGGAUCAGAUGUCCGUCAAGAGCACCAAAGUUCGGGGAAUUUUUACAGAUCUCUUCAUUGAGAACUACCCAGUGCUGGAGAUGAAUGGAAUUUGGGAGAAGCGUCUCAGUCAGAUCCUUAUGUGGAUUCAAUUGGAGAAUCUAACCAAUGCCGAUAAAUUCCUCCCUUGGAAGCCCAUCCCAACGACGCAGCUUGAAUUUGUGCUGAAUCAGGAGCCACGGAUUUUGUCGCUGGAUAAAGUUAAACCCAACGAUGGGAGAGCUUCCCGGACACCAUUAGCUUCUGGAACAUCCACAAUUGACUUUAUUACAUCCAAAUUGCCACGAUACAAUCAAUUGGAAGUUGUAACGUUCGAGCAGAUGCACGUGGAGAAGAUUUUUGGAUACUUUGACGCCCUGGCGCUCAGGGAGUUCUUCAAUAAGCAUUUCUGCGAGCUCCAGGAGAGGAAGGAGCAAGAAAUGCAAAUUGUCAAGGAGAGGAACAAUCGCUUACGUGAAAUUCAGAGUGAACUGAACAUUCUCUCCCAGCUCCUGGGAACAAAUGUUGUCUAUGAGGAUGAUAUCAUUGAUCCAGAAUACACCCCAGAUGAGAAACCCCACACGAUUGUUCAGGUGACAGAUGAGGAAGUCCCCGUGGAGCCAUACAUCUCACCAAGUAUGCAGGAACUCAUUGAGCGAGAAGCCUACGAAGCUGAACAGAAACGUCUCGCCCUGAUGGCUGAUGAUUUCCGCGAGAGAGCCCUGCAGCACAUGAUGGAUGGAGUGCUGGAGAUUCGUUGGGAGGAUGAGAUAAAGAAGAAACCAAAUGUUCCUGCUGCUGUGCAAACUAAAAAGGAUCUCCGGGAGUACGAUGAGCAUGACUGGAGAGCUGUUCGGGAGUAUGAGGAGAAGCUCAAUUUCCUGGAUAGUGAACGAGAAAAGUAUAGAGAUCAACUCUUGAGUGAGAAGCAGCAUCUUCAGGAAACUCUCGACCGGCAGAUUUACAAUUUCAAUAAGAAACUAGCGGAGUUGGCAAAGCUGAAGGUAAAGGUGCAGAUGGCAAUAAAUCAGGAAGAUAUGAAGAUUUUGCGGAAUUCCAUGUACAACUACAGACGAAUUCAAUUCACACGCCAGGAGCAUGACUUCCGCCAAGAGAUCAUUAGCGUCAAAAGGCAGAUUAAUGCUCUAACAGCCAUGAUGCAUGAUGCAGAGAAACGCGCUUUGGAUUGCAAGGUGAACUACGAUGGUCUGGAGACAAAGGAUAGACUCCUGGAUAAGCAAUUCAAGAACAAUUUCGGCGAAUUUGCACCAAUCUCUCUUGUGGAUCAAGCCUACAAGCUCUUCAAACGACGUCCCAGGUGGACAAUGCGAGCCUGGGCAACUUCAGUCAUUCUCACAGAUGUAGCCAAGAGGGUAAUCUCUCGGAAUCUAUCCAAAUCCGGACCUCCCCUGCCACAGGAGUGCUUCGACUACCUCAAUCUCAUUGAGCAAAUUGAUCAACCCGCAAAUUGCCCCACAAUGGAUGAGAAGCUCUGGGAUCUCCUCUGCCGGAUGCGUCGAAUUAAGAUUGAAAGUGAAUUCAAGGUUCGCAGCUGUGGCGUUCAGCUAGCCGAAGCGGAUGCCAGUGUGGAUGCAUUUUCACGGGAAAUCAGUGCCCGGAGGACAACUCUAGCGGCGCAUGACAAGAAGCUGGAAGAACUCAAGGAAAAUCGACAAAAGAAUUCCGUCAAUCGCACUAUUCAGCUGGUGAUGAAGCGUGGCAAUGUCGAAAUUCCCCUGACUGGCAAAAUUUCCGACUUUGACGAUGCAAUCUUGCUCUCUGUGAACGAUGUUGAUGACAUCAAUCGCGUAAUUAAGAAAUCGGGACAGAAGAAAUUGCUAGCUAUGUCCAAUGCAGCCGUCUUCCGGCGUAAGCUCAUUCACAAAGAAUGGGAGCAUCGAGUCCUCAAGAUGACCAUCCGCGACAUGAAGGAUUUCGUCAAAGUCGUUGAGAAAUGCAAGAUCACAAAAGAGGUGCAAACAUGGUUGAAGCGGAAGCAGAAAGGGUGGACAGAGGAUGUAAGCCAGGCGGCGCUCAAUCGUGAAAUAGAGGCAAUGAUUGCUUCCUGUGAAAAGUCAUUCAGUGAUGUGAGGAAGCAAGUGACGGAAAUUGAGGAGAAAAUUGAGCAGAAAAAGCGCGAGAAUGAGAAUCUGGACAGAAAAAUUCAAACACUCAACUUCGACGUCUCCAAACAGCAUGAGAAGCGCGACCCAACGCUGGAGGAGCAGGAGGUGGAGACUCAGAAUCACAGAUUAGAAAUUAUAGCAGAAAGAACGAGACUCGUGCGGAAGGUCCAACGGCAACACACGCAAAUUCUAGAGUUGAGCACUUUGCUUGAGUUGCAGCGCCUCCGAACUUAUCCAACGCUCUCAAUGCCACAAUCUUCUGCGAAUCCCCGGAAUGCAUAGACGCGACUGCGAGGGGGGCAUGAAUGAAUCAAAACAGAUCUGUAUUUUAUGCUUCGAUGAUCGAGAAUCCCCCUAUUGGAAUGUGGAAAUAAA